CAGCCGCCAGAGCGGAAGUGCGAAAAAUCGGGUUUCCGGUACGGAUCGUGACAACAAGCAGUGGGAUUUCUGUUUGAGUACCGCGGGGUUAAAGGUCACAGCGUCACCGACAAACACACACACACAGCCGAGAAGAAGCUCCGAGUGCCAACUGUCUGCUAACCAGCGGCUUCCUGCUCGAGUGAGUCUCUGCUCCUGUACCGAGAGCCCUGCGUGCCAAAAGUAACAGCAAGACCGUUGUGGUGAAGGCGGAACAAGCGGCUCGGCUCCAGUUACAGUCCGUGCAUCCUGUAGGGGUGCACUUGUUUUGCAGACAUGGCGGUGCAGGUGCGGUGCCUGUCGUUCCGGCAGCCCUAUGCCGGCCUGGUUCUGGACGGGGUAAAGACAGUGGAGAGCCGCUGGAGGCCGCUGCUUGCUCCACUGGAGAACCAGACGCUGGCGGUCCACGUGGCUCAGCGUGACUGGGAGGGGUCGGAGUGGAGGGCAGUGCUAAGCGGCCUGCUGGGGAUGAACGGCGCUCAGAUCGAGGCGCUUCUGGAGUCCGGGGAGCGGUUCGGCCGCGGCGUGGUGGCAGGAUUGGUGGAUGUGGGCCGGACCUGGCUUUGCCCCGCCUCCCUGCAGGGGAUGGAGCUACAGUGCCUGGAGCAGUCGGCCGUGCUGAUUGGUCUGCAGGAGAAGCACCUGACUAACCUGUCCAACCCUCGCUGGCUGAAGGCCCCGCUGAGAGCUCCAGGAGGUCGCGACCUCUGGACCAUAGAGAUCCCAGCAAAAUUGUUACCGUGACAACACAUACGUAACCUGCCCGAGCACCGAGGCUGAUGCUGGAGCGACACAGAGGAGAACUACAGAUCCCAGCUCUGGCACAGGAAUACUUCUCUGUCAUUGUACUUUGAUUUUUACAGCUGAUCAUUGAUCAAAGUGAGCUCUGUGUGCAGCUCACCUUUAACAGUUUACCUGGGAGAAGGCGGUUCAUCGAGGACGAGGACGGACACUGCCCUUUGAAAGUUUGGGAGAAGCAGUCCUGGGGGGUGGGGUCAAGCGAGGUAACAGGCUCUUCCAUCUCUGAGGGUGGGGUGGGGGUCAGACCAAUGAUCUGAGCUCCUGAGGCCGUCAUCCCGGAGCACCAGAAGCUAACAGCAGCUCCAUAAGAGUCCAACCUGUCCAGUUCUUUGUUUCUUUGAAAUGAUGGAACUUGUCUAAUCCCAGAUAUGUUUAAUUUUGUUGAUGUGUGGGGAUUAAAAUGGCAACAACUGUUGCCAGUGGGUUAAUAAGGACACCUUCCAAAUGUCCAGUGUUUGUAAAUAACCUACCUGUAUGUUACACUGAAAUUAAAAGGUAAUAUUUUGCCAUG